UUCCAUCUUAUCCACAUCAAAACAUACUUUAAUUUGAUCCCUCUCGAUCUCUUCUCAAUUUCUAUCUCUAUCUCUCCUAGAACUUACACAAAAUAUGAAUGAUUCUAAUCCGUUUCAUCAAUAUUCUCGAACUUCAAGUUACAAUACUCUUAUUCCUUGCUUAACUGAAAACUGGGGUGACUUGCCCUUAAAAGUCGACGAUUCGGAAGAUAUGCUCGUUUACAACAUCCUCCGGGAUGCCGUUUCUUCUGGAUGGUCUCCCUUUGAUUUCACCAUCUCCACCUCCACCACUCAACCAGUAACAACAACCAUUAAACCUGAGCCCAUGGAUGAUUUGGACCUUACCGCUCUGGUUCACCCUCAAGAAGCUGCAUCAACUAUAGCAUUGCUUGAGACUUCUAUUCUUGAAAAUACACCUCAAGCCAUUCGUUUAGCUAAAACCCAUAAUAAGAAGGUGUCCAGAGGAAAGCAUUACAGGGGAGUCAGGCAGCGACCUUGGGGAAAGUACGCCGCCGAGAUACGAGAUCCGGCUAAAAAUGGCGCCAGAGUAUGGCUCGGCACCUACGAGACGGCUGAGGAAGCCGCUUUGGCUUACGAUAGAGCAGCUUUUAGAAUGCGCGGCUCAAGGGCUAUGCUCAAUUUUCCACAUAGGAUUGGCUCCAAUGAACCAGAGCCGGUCAGAAUCACUGCGAAGCGUCGUGAACCGGAGUUGGAGAUGGCUGUGUCUUCUAAGAGGAGAAAAAGGUCGGUGGCUAAUCAAGCUGAGAUGGGAAGGGAGAGAGGAUACGGCGUAGUGCACCAAAUUGGGCUGAUGCCAGUUGGCGAGCAAUUAUUGGUUAGUUAAUAUUGAGUUGGAGACAUUGACCUACACGUCGUCAUCGCGUGGUGGGAAAGGCCCGAACGAGCCUAUGAGUGUUUGAUUGUGUCGUUGUGUGACUUUUGUACAGAAUGAGUUUUUUGAGUAAUAAACUUGACCACCAAUUUUACUGCUAA